AUGAAGUGCAAGAAGCACUCAAUCGAUUACAGUAGCAAUAUCGGCGUUUGCGCUACUUGUCUCCGGGAACGGUUAUUCAAUCUCAUCGCCGCUAAGAACAGAGAUGAUCGCGGCGGAGGAUCAGAAUCGCAACCGUCUCCCUUAGUAUUUCCUCGUUCCGUCUCGCCUUACGGAUGUCGACGAAGUUCGAAUGAUAACGAUUUGAUCAUUAAUCAUCGUCAGUUGAAUCACAGCUUAUCCGAUCAACGAUUCUUCUCAACUCCACAGAUAUGGUCGAGUAAUGAUCGCGACGGGAUGAGAAACGAGAUGAAGAAGAAGAAGAAAAGUCGAUUUUCAAUCUUCGCUAGGUUGUUCAGAUCUAAAUCGGAGAAAAUCGGAAUGGAUCCUAGGGUUUCAAUUUCCAAUAAUUCUGGUGAUUCAUCUUCAUCUCCUUCCUGGUUCACUACUAUGCUUUCUUAUAACAAUAAGAAGAAAUCGAAACUAUUCUCCUUCGAUGAAUCAACAUCUCACGGCGGAGGAGGCGUUUCUCGUAAAAGUAAAACAAGUCGUUAUCAUCGAGAUCGAGGAAUGUCACCUGUAAGUGGUCCAGAAAUCGACGAUGAUUGUUGUGAUAGAUCAAGCGGUUACUCAUCUGAAUCGUCUAAUCAUGUAUACAAGAUGACGCCGGUGAAGGCGGCUGAAUCGGUCCGGCGAGGCGGCGGUGGAGGACGUCCGAGUCAUUCGAGAAACUUGUCAGGUUUAACCUUCUGUUUGAGUCCUUUAGUUAGGGCGAGUCCGAGUAGACAGUGGAAUCAGAAAGGAAUGUCAAUGUCGACGACGGAAAUGAUGCACGGCGGCGGCGGCGGCGAUAAUAGACCGCCGGCGGCGAAGCCUUAUCUUUCGACGGCGGCAUCUUUCUGUUCGAAUAGAUCGAGAAAACUUGCUGAUUUUGGAAGGUUGAAUCAUAAAAACCAUUAA